UAGGAAAGUAGAGAACUUGUAAACCAUGGAGUUUAGCAUCCUUUCAACACUCAUCCCUCUUCUUCCCUUUCUCCUCUUUCUCUUGAUGUUCCUCAAAUCUCUCACAAUCUCAAAAUCAGCAAAGAGUUACUCACACAUCCCCGGCCCCAAACCCCUCCCUCUCAUCGGCAACCUCCACCUCAUGCUCCGCGCCUCCUCCGGCCCCCACCGCUUCUUCCGUUCCCUCUCCGCCAAACACGGCCCCCUAACGCACCUCCAGCUCGGCGAGCUCCACUUCCUCAUCGCCUCCUCCGCCGAUCUCGCAAAGCAAGUGAUGAAAACUCACGACACCAUCUUCGCCAACCGCCCCCUCAUGCUGGCCACGGAGGAGCUCGCCUACGACUCCUCCGGCAUCACCUUCUCCCCCCACGGCGACCACUGGCGCCUCCUCCGCAAGAUCUGCACCGCCGAGCUCCUCACCGCCCGGCGCGUGCGCUCCUUCCGCCGCAUUCGAGAAGAGGAAGCCACAGACAUGCGCAGUUGGAUCGCCUCUCGCGAGGGAUCAGCGAUUGAUCUCUCGGAGAGGCUCUACAUGACGUCGUACGACGUCAUCGUGAGGGCGGCCGUGAACAAGGCGAAAACCGAGCAGCGGGAGAUGACGGUUUCGAUACUGAUGCAAAUUGUAAAGUUGACUUCGGGGUUCAUGUUGGCGGAUCUCUAUCCUUCCGUCAAAUUGCUUCCCUUGAUCACCGGAGCCCGGUCCAAGAUCCGGGGGAUGCGUCGCAAGUUGGACGAGGUGCUCGAUGGCAUGAUCCAGCAGCACAGAGCGGCCGCGGAUGACGGGGAUGAUGAUGAGGCCAAGUUUGAAGGUUUCUUGGAUAUUCUCCUCAGAUUUGAGAAAGAUGGGACUUUAACUAUAGACAAUGUCAAAGCAGUGCUAUUGGAUAUGUUUAUCGCGGGAACUGACACGUCAGCCACUACCGUAGAAUGGGCAUUGUCGGAGCUGAUUAGAAACCCUAGCAAACUCGUCAAAGCUCAACAAGAAGUCAGAGAGAUUUUUGACAACGAGGGAUCAUAUAUAGAUGAAGACAAGUUCCAUGAGCUAAAAUACCUCAAAUUAAUCAUCAAAGAGACUCUGAGAUUGCACCCACCGGCCCCACUUUUAAUCCCAAAAGUGAACUCCCAAAGAUGUGAAAUCAAUGGUUACGAAAUCCCAGCAGGAACAAGAGUUAUAGUGAAUGGAUGGGCACUGGGAAGAGAUCCCGAGUAUUGGAACGAUCCUGAGAAGUUUAUGCCCGAGAGAUUUGAGGAAAGUUCCCAUGAUUUCAAUGGGAGCAAUCUUGAGUACAUACCCUUUGGCGCGGGAAGGAGAAUUUGUCCCGGCAUGUUGUUCGGGCUCGCCAACGUGGAGCUUCCACUGGCUAUGCUUCUCUAUCAUUUUGAUUGGGAAAUGCCGAACGGGAUGAAAUGUGAAGAAUUGGAUAUGACAGAGGGCUUUGGCGCCACUGUUCAUAGGAAACACCCUUUGCAUUUGAUCCCUAUUGUUAAGCGACCUUUACACAAAGGUGAUUUAUUAAUUUAGGGUGGAUUUAUUUUGAGUGAUAGAGUUUUUUAAUUUGGAAUGGUUCUUCAUACACUUCUCACUAUGUAAUGCCAGUCUAUUAUUUAUCAUUGAAAUAAAAUGGCGUCAUUUUGUA